GUCUUGAAGAUACUAUUGAUUGGCUCUACUGCUGUUGGAAAAUCUGCUUUGUUGCUUAAAUACUGCGACAAUACCAUUAGAAACAGGCAACUAAAAUCCAGGCGAGAUAGUGCUGAUCUAAACUCCGAUAAUAACAACAUCAAUCAACUAUCAACUACCAUUGGAAUUGACUUGAAAAUCAAAUUGUGCAACGUUGAUAACAAACUAUUCAAAAUCAUUAUGUGGGAUACUGCUGGUCAAGAAAGAUACAGAACAAUAAUUCCGUCCUUAUAUAAACAUUCAAAUGGAAUAUUAUUGAUCUAUGAUAUUACAAACAAAAAAUCCUUUUUAGACCUUAAAAAUCUCUGGAUUAAUGAAUGCAUAAAUUACAAUAACAAUCACAACGACACUAUCUAUUUCAUUGUCGGUAACAAAAGAGAUUCUGUUAGAAAUGAAGAAUCAAAAAGACAAGUUUCCUACGAUGAUUUAAAAGUUUUUGCCAAU